AUGAUUACUUAUUCUACAAUUCCAUUUUAUAUUAAUACAUAUUUUUCUGAUUACAUGCCGUACUUGUCCAGGCCCGUUUGGAUCUCGCGAAAAUUUUUGCUUGAUGAAACAGACGCCAUCUGUAUGCCACCAAAAUGUCUCAGCGGAAAUUCCGAUAGUUUGGCUAAUUGUCUGGCUAAUGGAAUUGAUUACGGCGCUCCUUCUUCGACGACGAAUCGAGCAAUUUUUCAUCCAACUAGUAGCAUUAGGUUUGAACCCAUUUUACUGAAACCAAAACGCGCCCCGACGGUAUUCAAAUUCAACUCGGACUAA